AUGUCAAUCGUAUCAGGGAACACCAGCAGAACCACCGGUAGGCCAACAGUCAACUCACGGCCACGUAAUGCCAGGUCACGCUCGAAAACAGCAGCGACCUCUACCGGCAAUAGCGAUGGUGAAACUGUUUGUGCAAUCAGUGAAUCUCGAGGAAUAUCUCCUAUUGUUGGACUCUCUUUUGUCAAUUUGUCCACUUCUGAAGCCGUCCUCUGCCAGUUUACCGACACCCAAACAUAUGCUCGCACAUGUCUCAAGAUCAAAGUCUUCUCUCCUUCUGAAAUUCUCUACAUGUCGAAUGCUGCAGAUUCCAAGCUCGUUUCAAUUGUGACGGAAAACCUUGAGGUGUAUGACAACGGCAUAUUGAUGACAGACAUCGAUCGAAAAUACUGGUCCGAAGGAAGUGGACAUGACUACGUCCAGCACCUCGCCUUUCCAGAUGAUGUGGAAUCUCUGAAGCUGUCGCUCACGGGCAACUACUUCGCAACAUGCUGCUUCUCGGCAGUCAUGAAAUACGUCGAGAUGGGAAUGGGAAAGACAUUCGCACCACAGACAUUACGCACCCGAUUCGAGCCGUCAGAAGGAUCCAUGAUGAUAGACCUUGCCACGAUUGCAUCGCUUGAAUUGAUACAAAAUUGUGAAAAGUCCAAAUCUCGAGAUUCUCUGUUCGGCAUACUCAACCAGACAUUGACGCCGAUGGGCGCCCGCUUCCUGAGGACAAACGUCCUGCAACCAUCCACGGAUGUUGAGAAGAUCACUAAAAGGCAAGAUGCUCUAGCAGAGCUGACAACAAAAGAAUACAUGCUCUCUGCCAUUCGAGAAGCCGUCAAGUCUUUCGUGGACACCGAUCGUGUGCUUGCAGCUCUUGUCGUUAUAUCGACCAAGCCCGACAUCCAACACAUGGAGCAGUCGGUCAAUCAGGUGCUUAUGCUGAAAACCUUUGUGGACUCGAUCAAGCCCAUCUGGCAAGCACUUGCAGGCUGUAGCAGUGAAGAUUUGCAGAUCAUACGUCAGACUCAGCUAUGUGAUCCAGAUAAUUACACCGAAGUCGAAGCACUGAUUCAAACCACUCUGAACGAAGACGUGCACUACUCGACCACGGCCACAGACCUGCGCAACCAGAGAGUUUAUGCAAUUCGAGCCGGCGUCAACCGGUUCCUCGACGUCUGCAGGCAAACCUACAAAGAAAUCAACAAUGAUGUGUUCCAGAUGGUUCAGCAGCUCAAUGAUGAAAACGAGCUCGAUAUCCAGCUCAAAUUCGACGUCCCACGGCAAUACUAUCUUCGACUCCCCGUUGCCGACUUCGAAGCGAACCCGCACCGAGACAGCUUUAUAAACACCUACCGCAAGGGCAAAUUCAUGGAAUUCCAAACACUGGAGUUGCUCAAAAUGAACCACAAGAUCAAGGACGCUCAUAGCGACGUCAUCAACCUAGGCGACCACGCGAUACAACAGCUUAUGGACCAAGUCCGAUCCAAGAUCCACCCUCUAUUCAAGAUCAGCGAAGGCGUCGCCCUGCUCGACAUGCUUGCCGGCCUCGCCCAUAUGGCGGUGUCGAGUGACUACAUCCGUCCCGAGGUCACAGGCACACUCGCCAUUCAAGCUGGCCGGCACCCCAUUCGCGAACAGAUUUAUGCAGACCGCUUUGUGCCAAACGACGUAUACGCGACACAGCAGAACCGCUUUCAAAUCAUCACAGGAUGCAAUAUGAGCGGCAAAAGCACGUACAUCCGGACGAUUGCACUACAAGCCGUCAUGGCACAGAUCGGUAGCUUUGUGCCCGCGACGUAUGCCUCAUUUCCCGUAACGCGGCAGCUGUUCGCGCGAGUCUCGACGGACGACAGCAUCGAAGCCAAUGUGUCGACCUUUGCGGCUGAGAUGCGCGAAACAGCCUUCAUCCUGCGCAAUGUCUCACCUCAAAGUCUAGUGAUUAUCGACGAGCUCGGCCGUGGCACCAGCACGACCGAUGGUCUAGCCAUUGCCGUCGCCAUAGCCGAGGCCUUGAUCGACUCGAAGGCUUUGGUGUGGUUCGUCACGCACUUCCGUGAUUUGGCGCGCAUUUUGGGCGAGCGUGCAGGUGUGGUUAAUCUGCAUCUCGCCGCGGAUAUUAGCACCGACUUAGCGAAGAUGACGAUGCGGUAUAAGGUCGCCGAGGGCUACGAGGAAGAGAAAUUUUACGGUCUCGCGCUAGCCAAGGUUGUUGGCUUGCCUGGGCCGGUCAUUGACGUCGCUGAAGGUGUGUCGAAAGUGUUGCAUGAGCGAAACGAGGCGCAGAAACGGAACCCGGAGGCCACGGCUGAGGCGAGACGCAGAAAGGUGCUUCUGAAUCUGCGAGAGCAGCUGGUGCAAGCUAGGGAUAGUUGCAGAAGUGGAGAUGCCGAACCUGAUGAAUUGAGAGCUUGGCUGAAAAGGCUGCAGGUGGAAUUCCAGGUGAGGAUGAGAGCCAUCGACGCUGAAGCUAGGGCUGGACCUCUGUCUCAAUCUCGAUCCGGAGUGUCCGUCAGUGAGAUGCAGGAAACAACUCCGGUAAGUGGACUGCGAGAGUUGCCACUCUUUGCGAAUGAGGCACAACAGGAGCAGUCGUUCAAUGCAGCUGAUCCCCUGCACACGGACGCGACGGAUGGCAGUCACACCGAGGCCGGCGAUGAGGACGAGGAUCUUAUGGAAUACAUCAAGCACGAGCAGGUGAACCUAAGCUAUGUCAAGCAAGAGCCGAUGGAUCUAUUGUGAGAUACGCAACACAAGAUGGUGCAUGCAUGCGGAUGAAAAGCACAAGUAGCAUU